UGCCAGCGGCUGAAGAAGGAAUGCCGACCGUCGCCAACAGUGCGAAAGCGAAAUGCUCGUUCCACUGCUUCACGAACAGCUCAGCUUGAAGCAAAGCUUGAUAGCCUUGUAUCUCUCCUUCAGACCACUGGCAACCAAUCCUCCCUUCCUGCUGAUUGGGACUCUACAUCCUCGGAGGCGAGGCAAGCCGCUCUCUCAAAUCUAGCUGGGGCAUCGACAACUAGCGGUAAUAUUCUGAAUGAAUCACAUUUUAGUAAUAUCACCGAGAUUAUCCAGCAAAAGUUGUUUAUUGAAGUCGAGCCCAGCUUAGAUCUCCUGCUUGGCCUAAUGACCUUCAUCUCAUGGACCACCUACUCCCGAAAGCCGUUUCUUAAUUUUUAUGGCCAUGUAGUGAUGGGGCUUGUUUGCGAAUUGGGGAUUGAUAAGGCACCACCCAAAGAUCUUACAACUAUGCAGGCUUACAAAUGUGCCGUUGGAUUGAGACCAAAUAUUUCGACAGCAAGGAGUAUGGAAGAGCGGCGAGCUGCCCUUGGCUGCUUUGUGCUUACAUCCAGUAUUGCAAUCAAUAUGUUCAAAAUAGACGCCUUGAGAUGGAAUUCACACCUGGAAGAAAGCCUUGCUAUUCUAAUGGAGGCCAAAGAAAGCCCCGAAGAUGAGCGAUUGGUUGUCAUCGUCAAGAUUCAUUUGGUCAUAGACAAAAUAUACCACCUGCAACGUGACGCUGGCAAUCAUACGCCUCCAUUGUUCUACACCAAGGCUUUUCAAUCCCAGCUGGAAUCUGUCAAGAAUGAUAUUCCCGAGUACUUGAGACAAGACAAAUAUAUUAAUUUCUAUCUUUGCGAUGCAGAGUCGAUGAUCCACGAACCAGCGCUUCGAGAUAGUUCUUCCCCUAAUUCACCUGAGCUGCAUAGACUGGAAAGUCUUUAUGCAUCUCUCCACUCAGCAAAGUCAUGGCUCGACCUUUGGCUUACGGUGCCGGUAGAAAGAUAUAUGGCAAUUCCCUUCCCUGCCUUCUUCCAGUUUUCUCGGGCCGUUGUGAACUUGUUCAGGCUUUCUAUUUUAGAUGAUCCUGCCUGGGACAGAAUUCUUGUCCGAAACACUGCGAACAUUCUCGAAUACCUUGACAGGAUGGCGUUCCAUAUCAAAGGAUGUCUCGAAAUCCACACCCAUUCUCCAAGGCCACAGUGGUCUAUUUUUGAGAAGGGGGCGAAAAUGGUUCAAACACUCAAACAGAACUGGGAACCGAAACUUAUGGAAAUAUGGUACCCGAGCUUGCCAACAAAUGAGAUCGGCAGCGGCUAUGAUAAUGCAAACCAAACAAUUCCUGCAAUUUUGCCGGUGAAUACUUUUGAUGAUGCAUGGAUGAUGGAGAUAUUUGGUACAACUUGA